AUGUGGUUGGCUUGGGUUGGCUCACUGUCCUGGUACGAUGUGUGUUUCUUCAAGCCAUAUGCGGCUCGGGAUUCAAUGAAGCUUUUUAGACCGCAACGCGCUCUGUGGACUGUGUGGCCACUCCUGUGCAGCUUGCACAGUCUUGGCGAUGCUGCAAAGAUACGAGUUGACCAGACAGUGAUCCAUACAGAGGAAGACAACGAACCCCAAUGUGGUGCUUUGACCAAAGAUGGGGGCAUUUCGCCGAACGUGAACGACUUCACCUCAAAGAAGAGGAUGGAAGCUGCUGGCUGGUCGUGGAGCAAAUAUACUGAGCACAGCUGGAAACCAAAGACAUAUUCCAAGAAUGUGCCUCCCGGGUCCUAUUGGGGCUUUGUCAGUGGCGGCCCUGUGAUGGAGUUGUCGCUGACGCUGAAGGGCAAGGGAACACUGCUCAUCACCUUUGGCAAUCAAUGCUGUGGCAAUACACAAGUGAAGCUGAAUGGAAAGUCCCUCGCCAAAGCCUAUGCGAAGGAGAUUAGUCAUUAUAAAGAGAUUCACUUCAACGACGGAGACACGUUGACCUUUGGAGAGUACAACACUGCAGUCUUGAUCAUCUCGGAGGUGCACUUUGUGUGUGGUGCCCAUGUGGAGAAGUUUGCCAAUCUCGACUGUGAAGGCAGCAACGUGAACGACUUCUCCAGCAUCGAUGCCAUGAACGUGGCUGGUUGGCGCUUUAAGGGCUUCAACGAAAAGAAGUAUCGCUUUAAGCCUGGUGGACAGUUCGGCAAAGGAGUACCUCCAGGCCCUUCACCGAAAAGGUGUUUUCCCUGGUGUUGGGUCGAAGAGAGAAACCGCUCGAGAUGCGGUACAAGGCUCUUAUUGGGGCUUCAAGGGCCAUAA